CUCUCUCUCUCUCUCUCUCUCUCUCUCUCUCUCUCUGCCUGCCAUUCUUCCUUUUUUCCUCCCAAAUUGGUUUCUUCUGCUUCAGGCAGAUAGCGCCGGUAGUGGUGGCAACAAAACUAGAUUGGGGAGGAGGCAGCUGCCGCAUCUCGAAGGACGCCAUCAAUGUGCGAGUUCCUGUGAAAUGGAUUGCGGUGAGACCGGUCCUUGAAUCGAUCCCGCUUUGGGGCAUGAUGAGGCCUGCAAUCGGUGCAAGGAGGGAAGGUGGAGGAGGUGGAAUGUGUUCCUUUCCUCCUGGUGAUUGGACCGCCAGCUCCAGCAGAUACCAGAGAGUGAUUCCGGAUGUGCUUCCCCUCGGUAAUGGAAGGAAACCUUGCCUGAGACCCUGCAAGGAACACGAUGCGGUUCUCGACUACACUUCCGAAGCAAAGCCAUCUCUACUGGCGAGAUCCGCGUCAGGAUCGGCCAAUCCCUCCCCACCACGAGACCAACCCUGCUCCUUCCCCUCGGAUUCGUCACCGGCGCGGUCCAGCGACCGGCCGCCCUCCUCCUCCACUGCUACGGCGGCGAAGGCUCAGAACCACCACUACCAUCGUGAGGUAAACGGGCUGAGCCCUGACGGAGGCGGCGACGUCCUGCUCCAGUGGGGGCACAACAAGAGGUCCCGCGGUUCGAGGGCGGAGGCGUCCCCCGCAACCCACUCGAGGCAUAAAAUACAGCUGAGAUCGGCGGCCACGGUGAUGCCCCCUCCGUCCUGUGGCUCGUUUUCGAUGGGCGCCAACCACCGUCCUCUGAUCACCAGAGGCACCGAGGAUUCAUCGAGCGGCCUGACUCGUACUGAGAGGCGUUGCCCGGCAUCCCCACCGGAGAAGUCCCGUAAGGCUUCAGCCAAGGCCACCCUGAACGGCUGCACAGCAGCAGAUGUUUCUGCGAAUCCAGAACAGUCGAAGCGGGCACCGGACCGAGAAACGGGUGGCGGCGGCGGCACCAUGACGGCGGGUGAGAAGCUGAAUCUGGAUAAGUUCGAGUGGCCGAGGAUUUAUGUAUCCCUCUCCAGGAAGGAGAAAGAGGAUGACUUCCUUGCCAUGAAGGGGACUAAGCUACCCCACAGGCCCAAGAAGAGGGCCAAGAACAUCGAAAAAGCCCUCCAGUACUGUUUUCCAGGGAUGUGGCUUUCGGACUUGACAAGAGGGAGAUACGAAGUGAGGGAGAAGAAAAGUGUGAAGAAGAAGAGAGCUGGAUUGAAGGCAAUGGAGAGCUUAGAUAGUGAUUCAGAGUAAUUAAUGAUGAUGAUGAUGAUGAUGGCUCAAAAUCUUCUUCUUUCUUCUCUUUUUGCUUGGGGGGUUGUAGUUUCAAUCCCUCCUUUUGGCAGUCGAUAGAGAACUUGUUAUCCUUGCUAUCUUAGCUCUUGUACACAUCUCCAGCAAAAAGAAAAAAAAAAAAGGAGAAAAAAUUGUCUUAGUCA